AUGAUGGAAGCAAAGUUGGAGAAGGUAGCCGAAAAGAUGGAUUUGACAUUGCUGAACAGAUUGCUAAGAUUGAUCGUGGAUCACAACAUCGCUGAUUACAUGUCGUCGAAGAAUAACGUUCUCAUCAAUUACAAAGACAUGAAUCACACAAACUCCUUUGGAAUCAUCAGAGGGCUUCAAUUUGCGUCAUUCAUCGUGCAGUACUACGGUCUUGUCCUCGAUCUCUUAAUCCUUGGAUUGCGACGAGCAUCUGAGAUUGCUGGACCACCACAGUGUCCCAAUGAGUUCCUCACAUUCCAGGAUAUCGCAACUGAGACGGCGCACCCAAUCCGUUUGUAUUGUAGAUACAUCGAUAGAGUCUGGAUCAUGUUCAGGUUCUCUGCUGAUGAAGCGCGUGAUUUGAUCCAACGAUAUCUUACGGAGCAUCCUGACCCCAAUAACGAGAAUAUUGUGGGCUAUAACAAUAAGAAAUGCUGGCCUAGAGAUGCCAGAAUGCGUCUGAUGAAACACGAUGUGAAUCUGGGACGAGCUGUGUUUUGGGAUAUUAAGAACCGUCUUCCUCGUUCUGUAACCACGAUUGAAUGGGAGUAUGCGUUUGUAUCGGUGUACAGCAAGGACAAUCCGAAUCUGCUUUUUGAUAUGGCUGGAUUUGAAUGCAGGAUAUUGCCGAAAUGUCGUACAACUGCGGAAGAGAUUACUCACAGAGAUGGGGUCUGGAAUUUGCAGAAUGAGGUCACCAAAGAACGUACUGCUCAAUGCUUCCUGAAGGUCGACGAGGAGUCCAUGUCUAAGUUCCACAACAGAAUCCGACAAAUUCUCAUGUCAUCUGGAUCAACAACAUUCACAAAGAUUGUCAACAAAUGGAACACAGCUCUUAUUGGUCUCAUGACUUACUACCGAGAAGCUGUCGUAAACACUCAAGAACUGCUAGAUCUUCUUGUGAAAUGUGAGAAUAAGAUCCAGACCCGAAUCAAGAUUGGUUUGAAUUCGAAAAUGCCUGCAAGAUUCCCUCCUGUCGUUUUCUAUACACCUAAAGAAAUUGGUGGAUUGGGUAUGCUUUCCAUGGGACACGUCCUUAUUCCACAAAGUGACCUUCGAUGGAUGCAACAGACGGAUGCUGGUGGUAUCACUCACUUCCGUUCAGGAAUGACCCAUGACGAGGACCAGUUGAUCCCGAACUUGUACAGAUAUAUUCAGCCUUGGGAGGCCGAAUUUAUCGAUUCGCAACGUGUAUGGGCUGAGUAUGCCCUCAAGCGACAGGAAGCAAAUGCUCAGAAUCGUCGUCUUACCUUAGAAGAUCUUGACGAUUCAUGGGAUAGAGGAAUUCCGCGUAUCAAUACCUUAUUCCAGAAGGAUCGCCAUACUUUAGCCUACGAUAAGGGAUGGCGUGUUAGAACCGAGUUUAAGGCGUACCAGAUCUUGAAGCAGAAUCCUUUCUGGUGGACCCAUCAGAGGCACGAUGGAAAGCUCUGGAAUCUCAACAAUUACCGUACUGACAUGAUCCAAGCGUUGGGAGGUGUGGAAGGAAUCCUUGAACACACUCUCUUCAGGGGAACUUACUUCCCCACCUGGGAAGGUCUGUUUUGGGAGAGAGCGUCUGGAUUUGAAGAGUCCAUGAAGUUCAAGAAAUUGACCAACGCUCAACGAUCUGGUUUGAAUCAAAUUCCCAACCGUCGUUUCACCCUAUGGUGGUCACCAACCAUCAACAGAGCCAAUGUCUACGUUGGUUUCCAAGUGCAGCUUGAUCUUACUGGCAUUUUCAUGCACGGAAAAAUCCCCACAUUAAAAAUCUCGCUGAUUCAAAUCUUCCGUGCUCACUUGUGGCAGAAGAUCCACGAGUCAGUGGUUAUGGAUCUAUGUCAAGUCUUCGAUCAGGAGUUAGAUGCGCUGGAAAUCCAAACUGUACAGAAAGAAACCAUUCAUCCCAGGAAAUCUUAUAAAAUGAACAGUUCCUGUGCGGAUAUUCAACUGUUCGCUCAGUAUAAGUGGAAUGUAUCGAGGCCAUCGCUUAUGGCUGAUAGUAAGGAUGUAAUGGACAGCACGACAACUCAAAAAUAUUGGAUUGAUGUGCAGCUUCGAUGGGGAGAUUAUGAUUCUCACGAUAUUGAACGAUAUGCCAGAGCAAAAUUCCUGGAUUAUACUACCGAUAACAUGUCCAUCUAUCCAUCUCCGACUGGUCUUCUGAUUGCUAUGGAUUUGGCAUAUAACCUUUACAGGCGG